GGGAGAAUCAAAAACGUUUGUUUAUUUGAAAACAGUGAACAAAAUCUGCCGAUAUUGAUUGAAUAAGUACCCGAUUUGGCAUUGAUGGAAGCUAUCAUGUAAUGYCAUGGAAAUACUUGAUGUUAAUAAGCAAGAAUCGGGAAAAAUUUGGCARAGAAAGUCAAAUUCUUCAACUGAGACAGGACUGGUUGUGAGUAUCUGUAAUACAACAUCCAAUGCAUUCAAAUUACAAGGUCGAUGCAUUAGAUUUUUACACGCAGCAUUUAACACCCUUGGUGAAGCAUUUGUUGCUGCAGACCAUCAGGGMAAUUUAUACCUGUUUGACCUGAAUAGGAACAGAUUUUCUCUUAUUCAUAAAAUUGGCACACCAUCAACAGCUUUAGCAUUCUGCUUGAGGCGUAAGAAUGAAGUCUUGGUUGCAUUAGCAGAUUAUUCUUUGCGAUGCUAUGAUGUUGAGUCCCGUGAGCUUGUAAGCUGGAUGAAAGGUCAUGAGUCACCAAUUCAUUGGAUAUCAAUUCAUGCCAGUGGYCGUUAUGCUUUAACAUCCUCCAAUACAGUCAUACAGCUGUGGGAUCUUGAUACUUUUACCAGGAAACGCACUCUUAAUGGUGCACAAACUGUUGGCAUCCAGAAGGGAUUCUUUUUACCUCUGAGCAAUACAAUUAUAACCUGUUUUAAGGAUGACAGUAUAUUUGCAUGGGAUUCUGAAAGCCUUAAUUGUAAAUACCAACUUCCCAUUCCUCCUGAUGGCAAUAAAACUCCACAUUACAAAGACCUUGCAACACCAAGGGAUGGUCGUAUUCUGGUAGCAGCUGGAAGAUCCAGAUUUUUACAUGUUUGGAGUCUUGAGACCAAACACCUGAUGCAUGUGAUUCAACUACCGACAAACAUUAGAACUGUCAAACAAGUUGAUUUUAUCUCAGACACAUUUGAUGGAGGCUGCACACAAACAGUUGGUGUUCUUGCUCAAGAUGGUGUUGUGAGGUUUAUUGAUGUACAUACUUGUAAACUUCUCUUUGACCUUGGUGGGAAYGAUCAGAUGAUAAACAGCAUGGUGUUUGGCCCUAAUGGCCGUUACAUUGCAGCCAUGAUGGAUAAUGGCAGUAUUAAUGUUUAUAGUGUUCCUGUGUUGACUCAACAAUUAAGCAAGCCCCCUCCACCAGUUGUMAAAAGUGUGAUUGAUGACAGACCMGGGUCCAAGCAAAGCAACAAAUCUUCACUUUCUUUGUCAAACACCAAGAAAGAAACUAAAAUAAUAAGAAAACUGGGACCAAAACCUUCAGAAAACAAAUCUGAUGGAACUCCUGGAAUUAUUGACACUUCAAGUACUCAGGACUCUGGACUUGAGGGUGAAUUACCACAAAGUUUGARUCGCAAUCGUUUGAUAUCUAUAUUACGUGCAUAUGGUGAAUAUCCAGAAAAAUACAGGAUGUUCAUAUGGCGGUCACUUCUCAAACUACCAGAGAAUCAUGCUGCAUACAGCAGUCUUGUUGACAAGGGAACACACAGUGCUUAUGCACAGGUCCAUGAAGAAUACCCUAUAAAAAGCAGGAAAUUACUACGAGUGCUGCAAAGGACCCUGUCAUCGUUAGCCCACUGGUCAUCAUUAUUUGGUGARGUGGAUUAUCUUGCAYUACUUGUMUUYCCGUUUGUCAAGCUUUUCCAAAACAACCAGCUAAUAUGYUUUGAGAUUGCCAGCUCCGUCCUUACCAAUUGGUGUCAACAUUGGUUUGAAUUCUUCCCCAACCCUCCAGUCAAUAUCCUCGGUAUGAUGGAGAACAUACUCGCUUAUCAUGACAAAACACUAAUGCAGCAUUUUGUYAGCUAUAAAGUUACUUCAAAGAUGUACGCAUGGCCACUAUUACAAACGUUAAUGUCGGAAGUUCUUACCAAAGAGGAAUGGCUGCAAGURUGGGAUAACGUCUUCUCUAAUCAUCCAUCUUUCUUGUUGAUGAUCGUUGUUGCUUAUGUCAUGUCCUCUAGAAAGGCUCUUCUUCAAUGUACACAAAAAGAAGAUUUCGAGUAUUUCUUCCAUAACCGCAAUGCCCUUGAUAUCAGCGCUGUUGUGCGCGAGGCUUAUCGACUGAUGGACAACACGCCAGUUGAUAUUCAUCCAAAGAGGAUGCUGGAAUCUUUCGCCCCGCUUACUAAAGGACAGUACCCUGUGUUUAACAAGUAUCCUAAGUUUGUCGUAGAUUACCAAGUCCAAGAAAGAGAAAGAAUUCGUCAAGAAGAACUGGAAUAUCUAAGGCAAAGGCAACUUGCUCGAGAAAUGAAGGAACAGACUCAACAAAGACAAGCUGAGGAAGCUGCUUUUUACAGACAGCAAGACUUGAUGCUAGACGCCGAGGAACAACGACGCAAAAUGAUGGCAGAGGAAGAAGGGAAGCUUGUAGAUCAACGAAAACGMCUUCAAGCUAUGAAAAGAGAAGUUCAUUUACGUGAGCUUCAGCUCUUAGACGCAGCUCGCCGCCGUCAUCUACACUACCAACAAAGCCAACGCGAGGCAGAGCUGAGAAGACUUGACGAUGAGAUUGAACGCAAGGCUUUGUUGCGAGACAUUGAAACUGAAACAGCCAUUGAAGAUGCAGAAAUCAAAUCACUAGAGYUACAGGCUCAAAAAGAAAUGCUACAACAGGAUAUGGUUCGUGAAGAUUUGCAGAACUCAUUUAAGCAGCGAACCGAUUUAAACAUUCAUCGCAAGCAGCAAGAACUUGAAGAAGACUUGUACAAACGGACAUUGGACGCYAUGCAGGAGGUCGACCUUGACACGCAAAGGAUUGCUCAAGAGGAUUUGGCUAAAGUGCAGAGCAAACGACAAGAUCUUGACAGRGAAGAAGAAAUUCAAUUAAGAACACAACUGGACGAAAGGGAGAGGGAACUKAACCGCGUGAAGCUAACUAAACGUGUAUUUGAAAAUAAAGAACGCGAGCUCGAGCUACAAACUCUAACAAGGCAGCUAGAAAAUAAAGAGAACGAUAAAGCGGCUGCUACAGCGUCAAGGCUAAGACAACAAAAGCUAGAAGCGGCGCAAGCAGAAAGUAAACGUAUACAGAUGUUGAGCAGACCUGCCAYGGAUACUAGUAGAAGCGGUGAAGACGAAUCAUUUGAGCGAUUACGAGAUAUUCGCAGACCUGUAUCAAGACAGCCUUUGGGUAAUGUUACAAAUACAACUAGUACAGAAACAGACGCCACUGAAACGAGUACACCACCUAGUUCAGUGCCUUCAAUAGAACGAAAACGAGCGACAUUCGAGAAGCGAGAACUGGAACUGAUGUCCGAAGUACGUGAUUUGCGUAAAAGACUCGCAGCAAGAAGAAACCAACGCCCUCCUGAGUUUACAAUAUCUGAUGUUGAUACAUCAGUACAGUAACUGAUUUCAACUUCUCAUUGUGAUUGCAUGUAAUACACUGGAAUAUGAAGUAUUUUAGUUCUAUUUACAAAAACUUAAGUUUAAAGGACAAUAAAAGUUUUUCACAUUGUA